CGCCUUUCUCGGUGACAAAUUUCCAGCGACUUUUUUUUUUCUUUCUUUCUUUUUGCAUAAAUAAAAAGUUUGCACAAGAGAGAUAUGCUCUCUAUAUAGGCCAGAAGCUGAAUGGUUACAUUGGUAGGCCAGUCAGUAUCAGGCUGAGUGUGGAAACAUCCACACUUGACUAGUGCCGUGGAGUCGAGAGAAAAGACUUGGUGGAGAGGGCAGGAAAACGAAAGUACUGCAACAUCAAAAAGAUAAAUUGCAAUUGAACACUGAACAAGUGCCUUAAAUACAACAAGCAAGGUUAAUUUAGUUGUGGGAGUUGAUAUUUGUAGUGUUGCCGUUUAUGCGGAAGGCAGAAUUGCAAAAAUAAGUGUUCAGAGCACGGUUGUGUUAUUCUGUACCAGUGCAGAACUGUUAUGAUGUGUCAAUAAGUUUAAAGGUGGACGGAGCCUGGAAUGAGAAGGCCUUGGUGUUUUAUGCCGUGUUUCAGAGGUCACCAUCACAUGACAGCUGAGUGACAGCUUCAUCAUCUUCAUCUAUCAGAUAUUUCCAUUUUCUGUGCAUAAAGCGCCUCAAUGAAGGGUGGUGGCAGGAGUAAGGAGCCCCCGAUGGAGGGAGAGGGGAGUGUCAAGCGCCCAAAGCGCAAGUGUCUGCAGUGGCACCCGCUGCUCUCCAAGAAGGUGCUGGACUUCCCCGAGGAGGAGGAGGAGGAUGACGAGGAGGAAGAGCUGGACAAGGAGCAGGCGCUGAGCCCGGAGGGGCUGGACGAGCUGGAGGACGAGGAUUCUUCAGAGCAGCGCGCCCGCCGCCCCAUGAACGCCUUCCUGCUCUUCUGCAAGCGCCACCGCUCCCUGGUGCGCCAGGAGCACCCACGGCUCGACAACCGCGGCGCCACCAAGAUCCUGGCAGACUGGUGGGCAGUGCUGGAGCCCAAGGAGAAGCAGAAGUACACUGACAUGGCCAAGGAGUAUAAAGAUGCCUUCAUGAAGGCUAAUCCUGGGUACAAGUGGUGUCCCACGACCAACAAGCCAGUGAAGAGCCCCUCUCACACCGUCACAACCAGGAAGAAAGUGUGGAGCUUCCCUCCAGACCCCUCCAAGGACUGCCCUGCUGCAAAAAGAAAGGGCAAGCUGGAGGAGAUGCCACAGCUUAACUUCGCUAUGGCAGAUCCUACACAGAUGGGCGGUCUCAGCAUGCUGCUGUUAGCGGGGGAGCAUGCGCUGACAGCUCGAGAGAUUUCCUCAAGCACACCCCAGUCAGAAGUAACGGAGCCUGCAAAGCACCCUGGGCAGUGCGCUCUCUUUCAGCUUGCAGAGGUCUCUUCCAGUACGUCCCGGGCUGGAACCACGGGCUCCUCAAAGCCGUGUGAGAAGUCCCCAUUGUUUCAGCUGGCAGAGAUCUCUUCAAGUACAUCUCAUUCCAUUGUCCCUGAAGCGAAGCAGUGUGGCCAGUCAGCACUCUUCCAGCUUGCAGAGAUGUGUCUGGCAUCUGAAGGAGUAGAAAUUGAAAGCUGUGCCAAAGCACCAGAGAGCACCCCGUUCCCAGAAGCCUCUGCUCUAGAUGACUGUUCAGUGGCCGGCAAAGCAGGGACUGACAGCAAACUGCGGAGCUGUGAGACUCCGGAUGAGCUGGGACAACUACCACCGCCAUCCUCAUCAUCAUCUUCAUCAUCCGCCUCCUCCACCCCCACUGACGCCAGCCCGCCGGCGUUUGGCAAAGCGGAGAAAGUGAAAAAGAAGAAGAAAAAAGACAGACCGGAGACUCCAAAAACCGAGAAGACCACGCCCAAAAAGUCCUGCAAGAAGCGCCAGUCGUCCGAGUCCGACCUGGAGAGUGUCAUUUACACGAUUGAGGCGGUCGCCAAGGGAGACUGGGGGAGCGCAGAAGAGGAGACCCCUCGAAAGAAGACAGGCUCCCCAUCUAGCGGCAAGAGAACCCUGUCUGAUUCAUCCCCACCGAAGAAGAAGUUGAAGCCCAAAGCAAAGCAGCUGCAGAAAACUAAAGAGCACGAGUCGAGCAAGGACUCCAAGCCGCCCCACUUGGAUUUGGAUUCCAUCAGCUCCAAUGUGAUUUUGGCAGCAAAGGUUGAGGAGACGAGUAUAAAGAAAGAGGCACUCGCUGUUCCCGAGGAAGAGCCCGCCCCGAGCCCUCCACCGGUGCACGUUGAAGCCGAGGAGAAGGACGGCCACGCAAAGGCAGAAAUCUGCGGAUCCAGAAAGUCCGAGAGGACCUGCAAAGGCGCUCUGUACAAGACACUUGUGUCGGAGGGAAUGCUGACAUCACUGCGGGCUAACGUAGACAGAGGUAAGAGAGGCUCCUGCAGAGGCAGUAUCUCUGAUCAGGAAGGUUGCUGGACGGAUGACAGCUGGACGUUUUCACAGACUGGGAGCAGCAACCCCAAGAAGCUAAAGAAAUCCAAAUCUAAAGAGGAAUCUGUACUUGGUUUAGGGAAGCUGGAAGAAGAAUUUGAAAAGAAGUUCAACAGCCUGCCACAGUACAGCCCUCUGACCUUCGACCGCAAGAACAUCACAACCUCCACAAAUAAGAAGAGAAGCAGCGGGAUUGGGGCAUCCGAGCAGCAGAAACCAAACAAAGGGGGUUCAUCUCCAACACAGAAAAAGAAUUUAUUUCACAAAAUCGUCAACAAGUAUAAGCACAAAAAGGAGAAAACCAGCACGUCGGAUAAAGCCAUAGUAUCCCAAGACACCAACCCAGCCGAGGCUGCCCAGAAAGCAAAGGCUUCAGCGCCCUCAAACCCCCACCCCCCUCCGGAGGCAGCAGCAGGAGAGGGAGAGCCUCUGGUGGGCAGCCAGAAGAGGAAGGCGAGGAAGAAGAAGAUCACUCACCUCGUGCGCAGCUCAGAUGGGGGCGUGUCCCGUGCACAAGGAGACCAGGCUGGGGAACUGUUGCAGGACCAUGAGGAGAAGCCAUUCAACCAGGAGACGUUAUGCAACGAGGACCGGGGGAGCUGCAGAGGCACAGAGGCCCAUCCAGAGUGCAGUAUUACAGCAGACAUGCCAAGUGUACCUCCUAUCCCAGCCUUCUUCAGCCUAGCUGCACUGGCAGAGGUAGCAGCGAUGGAGAAUGUGCACAGGUAAGCCAGGAAUAUAAGCCAUGUGUGGUGCCACAUAGCCUUGCAUAACUGUCCACUAGAGUGAUUUUAAAGGCUUAUUUAGUAAACUGUAUCUUUUUUGGUUUUUCUCUGUUGCUGCAGUUUUAUUUUCCAUGAGCCCCCUCACAAACAAUGUUCUGCAUUCCAUCCACUAGCGAGUGCUAAAUAGCUGCUUGUCUCCCGCCAGGAAGAUUUAGUGUAUCACACUAAAUACAAUUCACCACAUUACCUUUUAAACGACUGACAAUCUCUCUGCAAUUGAAGCACAUACACAUUUAUCAUUGCAAUCGCCCUUCACAUCGGGGAUUAACGUGAGCUAAUCACAUCCUUUGGGGGGGAUUAGAGCUCUUUGGUCACACUUCAUCACAUCCCUUAAGGUCUCCAUGUUUGACGUUGCUGUUCUCCCUGUCAUGCCUUGCAGCUCGGUGUGAAGCGUUUUCACUUCAUGACUCUACCAGCUUUUGGCCAGUGGACGAGGGCCUCUGAAACAACUCCUCAGAAACUACUGGAGGAGACGUGACUCUCAGUUAUCCAUGACUGUGAAACACGCUAUAGCGCUGAAUUAAGACAUACUAAAAGAAACUAAAGCUCAAUGACAAACGUUUUGACCAGACGCUGUUGUCGGUGUCUUCGACUAGACAUUGAAAUAUCCAUUUAAGAGACGCUGAAAAUGACUUCUAGUCAAAAUGUUUGCCAUUUUGAAUUUUAGUAUUUUGUAAUAACUGAUUUAUAUAUAA